AUGGAUUAUUUAAAAUUAACUUCGGAUAAGCUCUCCGUUGAAGCUGUCUCCGAGAUGGUUGUUGAUGAAAAAUGUGGAGCCGUUUCUUUAUUCGUUGGUACUACAAGGGACAACUUUGAUGGUAAAAAGGUUAUUCAUUUAGAAUAUGAGGCGUACGAGUCUAUGGCGAUCAACGCAUUGAAGGCCAUAUGUAAUGAAGUGCGGGAAAAAUGGCCGAAUGUACAUGGAAUAGCAAUGUACCAUCGGCUGGGUUCCGUACCUUGUAAGGAGGCGUCAGUGGUCAUAGCAGUCAGUAGUCCUCACAGACAGGAUAGUCUAAGCGCUGUGUCGUAUUGUAUAGAUCAGCUCAAAGCGACUGUACCGAUUUGGAAAAAAGAGGUGUACGACGGUUGCGAGCCCGUGUGGAAGGAGAACAAGGAAUGUUCAUCUUCAGAAUCACCACAUCCAAUAGAGUCUAAUACAUUAGAACCGUCCGUAGACAAGAAUUUAGUACAAAUAAAUGUUUCAAACGAGGAAUUGGAGAAGCGAAUAAGAAAUUUCAUCGAGAGGAAAAGGGAUCAGGUGAAUCUGAGUAACAUUCAGGAUUUUAUACCGGCGAAGAGUGAGAGCGAGAAGGAAGAUACGGACACGUGUGCUAGAGUGAGAACGAUGUUCGUGAAGAGAAGCGACUCGAAGGGACAUCUGAAAAUUCGUAAAGUCCACAACGAGUGGGGUCCACAAACAGUGCAUCAGGAAGCACCGAAAAUUAAAAAAGAUGGCGACUUGCCGCCCUCUAUAUCUGAACGAGUGUGUGCUAUCGAGAGUUAUUUAAACACCGGACCCGUCUCUAAAGAUAUUUACAAACGUCUGAAGGACAUGGAAGACAAAAUAAAUCAUCUUCAGAGCAUAUCGCCGGAGUACGCAAUGUUCUGGAAAAAUAAAAGGGAAACAGAAAUAAAGCAGGAGCCUAAAGUUGAAUACACGUAUACAGCGGACGACAUCGGUAAGAAGAUAGAAAUGAUCGAGCGACAGACUGCGGUGGAGUACUCGGACUGA